GAUAAACCCUAUUUACAUCCGUCUCUACCCCUCCAAAACAAUCUCUGUCGACCUUCAUCUUUUGCUUUAAUCAAUACUUGGAGAUCGGAGAGAGAACAACCAUGGCGACGUCGUCCGAAUCUCGCGCGCUGCUGCUCCUCCUCGUCUCCGCCGCCUCCGCCUUGCUCCUCCUCUCCUCCUCCCCCGCCGUCGUGGACGCCGUCUGCGUGCCCCGCAAGCUCACCUCCUUAAAGUCCGUCGCCGUCGAGAAGCUCCCCCAAACUCCCGCCUCCUUCAAGGGGCCGUCGUCCCACGCCCUGGCCUCGCUCGUCGCCUCCAAGGCCGCGCAGGCGGUCGACCACACGGUGGUCGACAUCUGCCACCGGACGGACUACCCCGGCAUCUGCAUCUCCUCCGUCGGCGCCCACCUCAAGGGGACGGCCAACCCGCUCUCGAUGCUCGCAGCCGAGAUCGAGGCCUGCACGGAGAAGACGAAGAGCGCCGCCGCCGAGGUCGCCACGCUCUCCGCCGAUGCUUCCGCGUUGCCCGCCGAGAAGAUGGCCCUCAGCACCUGUAAGGAGAACUACGGCUUCGCCCUCGACAGCCUGACCAACGUGCAGAAGGCGAUCGCGGCGCACGACGUCGGCACGCUGAACAGCGAGCUCAGCGCCGUGAUCACGUUCGCCAGCACUUGCGACGACGCGUUCGUCGAGAUGAGCGUGAAAUCGCCGCUCACGGGGGCCGACCGUAUCCUGCAGAAGCUCGGGAGCAACUGUCUCGCCAUUGCAGCUCAAGCUCGCUUGUGAAUGUAGAGCGAAUCUUAUUUAUCAAAUCGGCGGAUGUGCUGCAAAUCCGUGCUUGUUGCGCAGAAUGUCAUUUCGCAGUUGCGUCUAUCUAUCCACGCUUUGAUCUAUACAUAA